AUGGCAACCCGCAGCCGCACCCUCUUAUUCUUACAGUUUCGUAACUCUUAUGCACGUUCUACACAACCACAUACGGCAGCGUCCGAGACUGAAGGUCUUAUUGAGAGCUCGGACAGUGUCAUUGAAAUGUCGGUCUUGCCGCCUCAAUGGGUCGACAUUGUAGAAGAAGUAGACGAGACACUCGACCAAAUCAAAGACAAGAUAACUCGGUUGGAGGGAAUGCAUCGAAAACACCUUUUGCCAGGCUUUGACGACCGGUCAUCCGAUGAAGCAGCGAUCGAGAAACUCACGUCUGAUAUUACCAACGAAUUCUACCGUAUCAAACGCGACAUUCAACGUAUCGGCAGCAGCAGCACCCCAUCAAGUCAAGAGGAUAAACUUGCACGCAACAUACAAACCAGCUUAGCCACCAAGGUUCAAGAAGUAUCAACGUCCUUCCGAAAAAUGCAAUCAUCUUAUCUACAAAAGAUGCAAGGUCAAGAGAGUCGCAAAGCCAACAUGCUUGGAUUUGAGAAUGAUCUUAGUAAUGAAGCGGCUGAAUUAUUGUUGGAUGAGGAUGCACAAUUGGGUUUCACAGAGUCUCAGCUUGCAGUGAUCGAGAACAAUGAAGCCAUCAUUGACCAACGAGAACGGGAGAUCAACCAGAUUGCAAGGUCAAUACACCAACUGGCCGAAAUCUUUAGGGAUUUGCAAACACUUGUCAUUGAUCAGGGAACCAUGCUGGAUCGGAUCGAUUAUAAUAUUGAACAAACAGCAGUGCAAGUAAAGCAUGCAACGGUGGAAUUGGAUAAGGGUGCACGAUACCAAAGCAAGACACGACGACGUAAACUUAUCCUAUUGUUGAUCCUUUUCAUUUGCUUGCUUAUCAUGAUAUUAAUUGCAAAGGCCCACAAGUCAUAA